AUCCCCGUGCGCAGUAAUCCGGAAGUCAGCCGGAAGUGGGGCAGAGGCUGCGGGAGUCAGCUGACUGCGGGCCCGGAUCAUUGAUGAUGGAGAAGGUUGUGGUGUACACGGCGGUGCUGGUCCUGCUGCUGGCCGCGGUGCACGGUAACGAGGAGAAGAAUUACAAGGACAAGCGCUGUAAAUGUAUCUGCCCCCCCUACAAGGACAAACCGGGGAGCAUCUACAACCGCAACGUCACCCAGAAGGACUGCGAUUGUCUCCACGUGGUGACUCCCAUGCCGGUGCCCGGGGCCGAUGUGGAGGCGUAUUGUCUGCGCUGUGAGUGUAAAUACGAGGAGAGGAGCUCAGUCACCAUCAAGGUGACUAUCAUCAUCUAUCUGUCUAUCCUCGGGCUCCUCCUCCUCUAUAUGGUUUAUCUGACUCUGGUGGAGCCGAUGCUGAAGAGACGUCUCUUUGGUCAUUCUCAGCUCAUCCAGUCUGAGGACGAUGUUGGGGAUCACCAGCCUUUCGCCAACGCCCACGAUGUGCUCGCCCGCUCCAGGAGCCGCGCCAAUGUACUGAACAAGGUGGAAUACGCCCAGCAGCGCUGGAAGCUACAAGUGCAAGAGCAGCGCAAGUCCGUGUUUGACCGCCAUGUUGUGCUGAGCUAAUCGGAGGGAGGACGACGCCUGUGAAGGUUCCUGCUCUCUGGUAAUGGCGCACACGGGGUUUAUGGGGCUCGCGCGUCCUGUCGCCCCCUACGGGAAUGUGUGCGGGGUCCUCUGUGAAUUACCGAUUCUUGUAGUGACCACUUUGUAAAUAUCUUCCUUGUAAUAAAAUGGUUAAUAUAUUAUUGCGCCGUCACCGCGGACGCCAUCACCUUAUUCCGUCUCUUCCAUCCUGUCUCGUCCCCGUGAUUCUCGCAUCUUCCUCAUCUACGGAUUGGAUCUCCUCUUUCUUGUUUGUGAUUGGACGGUCUGUCGCUGCCCGCCGGUUCCCUGCAUGACGCAUCCGUUCUCACCGAUUAUUGGCGCUACGCAGAUUCCUGGGCGACAGAUCACACGCGAGGACUUGUGUUAACCCUGUGGACUCAACAUCCCAUCUCUCUGCAGACCUCUGUGUACAGGGCAUGCUCCACUGUGCUGCAUCGUAGUGCAGAACAGCGCCAAACCUGACCAUGGGUUGUGUCUGGUAUUGCAGUUCAGCUCCAAUAAACAUAAUUAAUAAAACCGCUGCAGUACCACAUAUGACCUCUGUACAAUGGUGGCGCUAUUUCUGGCCAAACCUGACCAUGGGCUGUGUAUUGUAUUGCAGUUAAACUCUAAUAAACAUUAUAAAAAAAGAAAACUGAGCUGCAGUACCACAUAUGACCUCUCGACAAAGGUGGCGCCAUUUUAGUCAAACCUGACCAUGGGUUGUGUCUGGUAUUGCAGUUCAGCUCCAAUAAACACAAUUAAUAAAACAGCUGCAGUACCACAUAUGACCUCUCGACAAAGGUGGCGCCAUUUUAGUCAAAUCUGACCAUGGGUUGUGUCUGGUAUUGCAGUUCAACUCCAAUUAACUUUCUAAUAAGUAAAAAAAAAAACAGCUGCAAUACCAAAUCCGACCUGUGUACAGAGGUGGCGCUAUUUAAAAAAAAUAGUUUUCUAAUUCUACAUAGCCCCCUUUGUAACAAUAACAUUGAACAAUUAAACUUAAAAAACACACAACAAAAAUUUUAAAAUGGACUUGCAAUACCACACAUGACCUGUGUCCAGGGGUGGCGCUAUUUAAAAAAAAAAGUUUUUCUAAUUCUACAUAACCCUCUUUGUAAUUACAUUCAACAAUAAACAAAAAAUAAAAUAAAAAAAUAGAACUGCAAUACCAAAUUCAGCAGCUAAUUGUGUUUCAUUUCCUGAUUGGUCAACAACUCUGCUUGCAAUCAGUGAAUUGAAUUAUUAUUUUUUUU